AUGGAGUUGAUCAAAGAAUUUUCAGAUGUGACCGUAGCUGUGCUCCCAAUCAAGGUUUGUCAGUUAUCAUAAAUCAAGUUAUUCUCGUUUAUUUUCAGAAAAUACAAGAUGUUGAAAUGCUGAAAGCGGAUUGGGAGAUUGAGAAAGAUAUAUCAAUCGCGCAAAAAAUCACCGAUCGUCUUAACACUGAGGCGAAAUUCAAGAAAGGGAAGGUUGGUUUGAAAAUAGAAAUAUCCGAAAAGAUUCAAAAUUUGAUUUCUAUAGAUAUCUCUGACUGACCGAUUUGAAAUGGCAGGGCUUGGUUAUGAGUUGAAAAGUAAAAGAAAAGAAGAAGCUGCUGAUCGGAACAUCAUAAUCUAUAGAAGAGAGAAGAAAUCAGAGGCUAGUGGAAGUUAUUCUCCAGUUCCUUAUUCACCAUCGUUCGAAAGUCCGACAGUUCAUAAAUCUGUGGUAAGAUUCAAAUAUUUUUGAAAAUCUAUUUUGACAAAUAACUGAAUUUUUCAGAUGCCAAGAGCUCGUGGAUUUUUCCGAUCUACUGCACCCGAACCCGUUGCUGUUUCUUCAUCUUCAUCGUCGUCUUUUUCAAAUGAUUCCAUGAAUUCGUAAGUUUGCUCAAUUUUAUUGCUUCAAAUGCCUGAAUUUCACGUUCUUUCAGACCGCGCAAAUCCUUCAAAUAUCAAAAUUCAAACAAUUAUUAUCGAAACAACAACAAUUACAAAAAACAAUGGGAUAACUCAUCGAAUUUUGUUUGA